UCUACCGUCAAAAUGAAAAUACUAGUGAUUUUUUGUGUCUUAUGUAGCGCCUGUGUAAACUGUCAGUUAGCUCCUUUCAUCGAGCCAUGCCACGCGAAAGAUACUGCUUGCCUCAAGAGGUCUUCACAAAAGGCCGUGGGCGUGGUGGCACAAGGGGUCCCAUCGCUGGGCAUACAGCGCCUGGACCCCCUGCACGUCGAGAACGUGGACGCGAGCAAAUCGGGCCUCAUCCUGCACUUCCGCAAGACUGUGGUCAAGGGCCUGAAGCACUGCAAAGUGUUGGAUAUCGGGCGCCCUAAAAGUCAUGAAACUUUCGUCACCCUCCUCUGUCCAAACGUGGAGCUGGUCGGCGAGUACAACCUCGGGGGAAAGCUGCUCUUCAUGGAUAUUAGGGGACAAGGGAAAUAUAGGAUUAAGCUGCGUGAAAUCAGAGUAACAGUGGUAAUGCAAGUCGGCGAGCGGUCGUAUAACGGCGAGCGGUACUGGACCGUGGACAGCUGGAAGCACCACUCCGACGCCACCAAGCCCGUCCACUACCAGUUCCAGAACCUGUUCGAUGGCAACAAGGAGAUGUCUAAAACGAUCCACCAGGUCGCCAACCAGAACUGGCACCAGAUCUACGAGGAGGUGGCGCCGCCCAUCGUGAAGGCCAUCACCGCCCACGUCGUGGCGGAGAUCGCCAAGCUGUUCCAGCACGUGCCCAUCAGACAACUCGCUUUGGAUUAAAA